CAACCCCUAGGUACUGUACUGUUUUCCAUGUUCCUUAACUUCCUGCGCUUUAUUAAAUUUAAAAGUGCAUAGUUCAAAUGGUUCAAAGAGCAUUAUAAUACUACGGAAAACAGUUGUUUAUAAGUAAUGAAACUGAAAUUUAUAUUUUAUAAUGUUCAAAUUUACAGUAGGUAUUGAUCAUGAAGUUGUUUGAAGUUUGAACUAUGGUAAUAAUGAUAAUUUAAUUCAGUGACAAAAGUUAAUUCGUGUGCAUUAUGCUCUUUAUCAGUUUUUUUUUUGAUAACAUCCAACGGAGACGCUUGGCAACUGUAUCAAACGUAACAUUUAUGUAGUGAUUACAUUUUCAUUAGCACGUAAUCUUUGGAUAUUUUUAAUGUAUUAGACCGAUAACAACUGAAUUGAUUUAGUUUACUCUAUAUCUAUAAUCAGUUAACACACAAACACCGCAACGAUGUCUUAUUUAACGCGAUUGUAUAGAAAUAACUAUCUAACAUAUCUCCAACAACAAGUAAGAUUCAGCCAUGCACGGCAAAUCAAGGAGGAUUUAUUGCGAAGGCCAAUCAGUAAGGUGCUCAUUGCAAAUCGUGGAGAGAUAGCAUGUCGUGUUAUGAGGACAGCAAAGAAACUUGGCAUCAGGACAGUGGCUGUUUACUCUGAUGCUGAUAAACAUGCAAUGCAUGUUGAAAUGGCUGAUGAAGCAUACCAUAUUGGUCCCGCACCAUCAACUCAGAGCUAUCUCAAUGCAGAAAAAAUCCUUGAAGUUGCAAAGAAGUCCAACAGCCAAGCUAUACACCCUGGUUAUGGAUUCCUAUCAGAGAAUGUAGAAUUUUGUGAGAAGUGUGCCACUGAGAAUGUGAUUUUUAUUGGACCGCCUCCGUCUGCUAUCAGGGAUAUGGGUAUUAAAAGCACAUCAAAAGCUAUAAUGUCAGCAGCAGGAGUGCCAAUAGUUAAAGGCUAUCAUGGUGAAGAUCAAAGCAUUGAGAAACUCAAAGAGGAAGCACAGAGAAUAGGAUUCCCACUUAUGAUAAAAGCAGUCCGUGGUGGAGGUGGAAAGGGUAUGAGAAUAGCAAUGACAGAGGCAGAUUUUCUUCCACAAUUAGAGUCAGCUAAGAGAGAAUCACUGAAGUCAUUUGGCGAUGACAACAUGCUUUUAGAGCAGUACAUUACUGACCCCAGACAUGUUGAAGUACAGGUAUUUGCCGACAUGCACGGCAAUGCAGUUCAUCUGUUCGAAAGAGACUGUUCAGUGCAGAGAAGGCAUCAAAAAAUUAUAGAAGAAGCACCAGCACCAGGACUGUCGGAGGAGACGCGGCAGUCGCUGGGCGCGGCCGCCGUGCGCGCCGCCAAGGCCGUGGGCUACGUCGGCGCCGGCACCGUCGAGUUCAUCCUGCACCGCCGCACACACGAGUUCCACUUCAUGGAGAUGAACACCCGGCUGCAGGUCGAGCAUCCCAUCACAGAGAUGAUUACUGGCACGGACCUGGUGGAAUGGCAACUUCGCGUGGCGUCAGGAGAGCCGCUGCCGGUAACUCAGGAGGACAUAGUCCGACGCGGGCACGCUGUGGAAUGCCGCAUAUACGCAGAGGAGCCCGGCGCAGGGUUCCUGCCGCGCGCCGGCACGCUGCACAGACUUACACAACCCUUGCCUGAAGAGUUUGUUCGAGUAGAAACAGGUGUACGUGAAGGACAAGAUGUUUCCGUGCAUUACGACCCAAUGAUCGCAAAGCUAGUGGUGUGGGGCGGCGACAGGACCGAAGCACUGGCUAAAACAAGGGCCAAACUAGCUGAAUAUCAGGUGGCAGGUCUCGAAACGAAUGUGAAUUUCCUUCUGCGACUGAGUGGCGCGAGUGCGUUCGUGUCGGGCGACGUGCACACCGCCUUCAUACCGCAACACGAACAGGAACUGUUCCCCAAGUCCGACUCCGAACUGAACGAAGAACGCGCCAUCCAGGCUGCCUUGGGACGGAUUCUCGUAACCCAGCGCGAGAACAUUGUCUAUGACAAUUGGAAGGGAAUCUCAGUCCAGCCUACUUCAUGGAGACCAAAUUAUCGACUAGAAAAAAACGUAUCACUGAGGUUUGAAGAAAAAGAUUUGACAGUCAUUGUUCAAUACGAAAACACGCCCAAUAAGUUCAAAGUGAAAGUGAAUAAUGGAGAAUGGAAGAGUGUUGAGGCUUCGCUUAGUAACACCGAAACAGGACUGCGUCUGAACGCGCUCAUCGGCGACAAGAGAACCAACGUGGGGCUGUUGACACAUGAACAGCAAGUGCAUGUGUAUAGCGAGAGCGGACAGACGGUGUUCGAGACGCCGCGGCCGAGGCACCAGGCGGCGGCGGGCGCGGACGCGGCGGCGGCCGCCAACAGCGCCUCCUCGCCCACACCUGGCGUGCUCGAGAAAAUAUUAGUCAGCAAGGGAGACAAGGUGGUGAAGGGUCAGCCCUUAUUCGUAGUGAUAGCAAUGAAAAUGGAAUAUGUGGUGCGUUCCCCGAGAGACGCCGUUAUAUCGGCUGUGGCUGCUUUCAAACAGGGCGAUGCUGUCGGCAAGGGUACGCAGGUCGUUCUACUCGAGGGCGAAAGCUGAUCUACCAUAUCUAGGUACAAGUUAUAUAAAGUAAAACAGACUAUUAACAAAUUACAGCAAAAAUGGCCGAUCGUAGAUAAACAACGAGUCGUUUGACGCCAAUCUUAUAUUCGCAUUCGCAUACGCUAAUACUGGAGUAAAAAAUUUGCAAUCACGGAUAUCAGAAAUGAAACAUUCGUUACAUCGCUAGUGCAUAAUAAUAAGUGUUCCUCCAGCUCACUCAUAAUAUGAAGUGUCAUAUUGCAACAAUACAAUUUAAUCUGUAUCCAUUUCUAGAGAAAUUUUUAAUCUCAGUGAUAAUAUUAAUAAUAAUCCUUUCUAAUACAAGAGUUUUAUGAGGCUUUUCGACUUACUGUGUGAUGAAUGGUUUAAAUGGUCUGUUGUGGGUUUCACUGUUAUUGUAGCUAUUCAAACGCUUUAUUUUAUUGUAAUGUCUUCUUAUGAACCCAAAAAUAUGUUGUAAAAAUAUCUUAAUUAUAUUAUUAUACAUAUUUGUUCGUUUACUUAUCUAGAAUUCGGUCCAACUUAAUACAUCGGCUCUUGUACUGAAAUAAAUAUUUGCUAAAAACACAUUCUAUACCUAUAUAUUUCGUUUAGUUAGCUGUUAGUUCCGCUAGAUGUCGUUAAGUGUCUGGAGACAAAAUUUUGCCACUUUCAUUUUUAACCAAUGCAUAAGUUCCGAUUUGAGUACAAACAAUAAAAGUGAAAUAUAUUACAGAAACCUCUACUACCAUAAAACUAACAAAAAACUUAAACAAUAACAUUAUUUUAGAUUGUUUAAAAAUAAGUAGUUAUAUACAUGGAUAAUAUACAGGGUAUAUAAAUGGUCGUAAGUCGCUUUAAUAAUAUCCAUACAAAUUCGUAUUCAUGGAAAAGAUUUUUUUUUAUGGAAAAGAUAUUAAUUUUUUUACUUGAAAGAUGGUAACUGGUAUUUUUAUAUAAAGACGAAUCAAGUCAAAAAGUGUUAUAAUUAGUCAAAUUAAAAUGUUAUUGUUAUAAAAUUUUGUACUGCCGUUAUACAUUUACUAUUACAUUUUAUAAUUGUUUUACCCGAAAUAAAUGUUUGAUUAAA